CCUCAUUCUCAUAGCUCAAAGUUGGUGGGCGAUCCAAGGGUCUCUCUGAUGGUGCCUUGAUCCACCAGUGCUCCAUAUCUCUUAUCAUAAUGUUGCCUCAUACCUCAUGCUAAUCUCAUGCCUCUUGUGUACAGCAACCAGCAUUCUUCUCCUCACGCAAAAAAUUUCCUCCACAGGGACGCCAUAGCUGCAUUUUGGAUUUGGUCCUCUGGCAUCGUCACUGGCAGAAGCAAAAAUGUGUUCACCUGCAUGAACAGGGAACCGACCUGGCCUGUCUGCAAAAUUCUCACUGCCCUCGUAUCCCAAUCUCUACCGGGUCCUCCCUCACUCCCGCAACGGUUUUUUUCCCGCCCUCCUGCGUCAAUUCCCUCAUCCCCGGCUCCUAUCGCGUCACUCGAAGCACACAGGAUGGCCCACAUUUAAGAGGUCCCCCCCUCUGACGCCUACUGCAAGAGCUGGGUUUUGUGGUAUUCGUGGUUUCAAGUGGAGGAAGGACAUGAUAGGCUUAUGAGCCUGCCUGCAAAAAGAUGUCGACGACCGGCUCCGGCAAGCAACUCGCUCGCCAUAGCUCGAACUUCUCAAAAGCUCGGCCGACCCCGAUGCCUGCGUCUCCCUCGAGGGCCUCACAGAGUGAUCGAAGUAUAGACGAGAACAGUCCUUUGGCAGUAUCGGAUCGGCCUCACACUAUAAGACGGAAUCGAGCUAGUUCGACCUCCAGCCAGCCUGCCGCCAGGACUCCUGCAAGAUCCUUCUUCCGUCGGUCCUUCCAUGGCCAGCUUGAUCCCGCUCAAUACUCCUCUUCGGCUGACCUCAAAGACCAGACCGCGGAGCUGGCUGCGAUUGCUGUCUCGGACAAUGUCUCGUACCUAGGAAGCUCCCCGCGAAGCGACACCUCUUCCUCCGAUGACGGUCACCCUGAUGCUAUAGAGGAAGUCUCCGAGCCGGUCUCACCGCAGGGCUCUGAAGAAGAGAGGGUGGCUGACGAGGCAACUCAAUCUGAUUUGACCAUGAUGAUACAAAACUACGCCGCCGAAGAGGACGAGGUGGAAUAUCAGAACCAGCAGAACGGAUCCCAGGGCUCUCGUGGAGAUCGUGCAGCUUCCUCGAGUAUGGCAAGACCAUCGUUGCCAGACGAGCAGACUGCCCUUCUGGGUGAUAGGAAACAUUCAGUACCGUAUGGAGAGCUCAGUGAUGUCGAAGGCCAGAAAACACACCGUCGAGCCCUGGGACAAAAGUGGCACAGCUCGGUUGCACGAGCACGGUCAUGUCUAUAUGUGCUCUCUCACCCAAAGGCCUGGAACCCACGUACGAUAUAUCGAGAGGUCGUCGUUCAUCCUGCCAGUCUCUUGCCGGCCGUCUUCCUGGGUCUCCUGCUCAACAUCCUGGAUGCGCUGUCGUACGGCAUGAUUCUCUUUCCCCUGGGCCACGCGGUCUUCGAAAGUCUGGGGUCCGAUGGAAUAUCCAUGUUCUAUGUCAGCACAAUCGUGGCUCAGGUGGUCUAUUCCUCCGGCGGAUCGGUCUUUCGAGGCGGCAUCGGAUCAGAAAUGAUCGAGGUAGUUCCAUUCUUUCACAAAAUGGCCUUCACCAUCAUGAGCAAGGUCGGCGAGGAGAAUACCAAAUCCGUCCUGGCUACGACCAUACUGUCCUUCUCCAUCAGUGCCAUUCUUACGGGCGCUGUCUUCUUCUUGAUGGGUGCCUGCAGACUGGGGUCCUUGAUUGGAUUCUUCCCGCGACAUAUUCUUAUCGGCUGUAUCGGUGGCGUGGGUUGGUUCCUGGUUGCGACUGGUGUUGAGGUCUCCGCUCGUCUGCCAGGAAACCUCGAGUACAACCUUGAAACUGUCAAACAACUACUGAGAGGAGACACAAUCCUCCUGUGGACGAUCCCGUUAUUGCUUGCGAUUGUUCUUCUAAUUGUACAACGCUUUGUCAAGUCAAAUCUUCUGGUGGGCGGGUAUUUCAUUUCGGUGGCUGCUAUAUUCUAUUUUUUCAAAUUCGCAUUGGGGGUUUCCAUGGACACAUUCCACUCUCAUGGAUGGGUGUUUGACCCACCGCCAGCCGGGAAUCCUUGGUAUCAUUUCUACACGCUGUACGAUUUCAAGGCUGUCCAUUGGGGGGCUUUGGCCGACACUAUUCCCGCCAUGUUUGCCCUGACCUUCUUCGGUAUUUUACAUGUGCCGAUUAAUGUCCCAGCACUGGGAAUAUCCACGGGCGAGGACAAUCUGGAUGUCGAUCGCGAACUCAUCGCCCACGGCGUCUCAAAUUGUGUCAGUGGGCUCUUUGGCAGCGUGCAGAACUACCUGGUUUACACAAACAGCCUGCUCUUCAUGGACAGCGGAGGCAGCGAUCGCCUCGCAGGGUUGAUGCUUGCCGCUGCCACGUUCGGUGUGCUUUUGGCCGGGCCGGUCAUCAUUGGUUACAUCCCUAUCAUGGUCGUCGGAGCCCUUAUCUUCCUCUUGGGCAUCGAGCUUCUCGAGGAGGCACUCGUCGGAACUUGGGGUAAGGUCCACAAGCUGGAGUACGCCACUAUUGUGAUCAUUGUGGUCACUAUGGGUGUCUGGGAUUUUGUCGUCGGCAUCCUGGUGGGUAUAGUCCUCGCUGCGGUCAGCUUCGUCGUACAGACCUCACGGAGGACGGCGAUAAGGGCGACAUACUCUGGUCAGGUGGCCAAAUCUCUUGUGCGCAGGCCACCGGUGCAAUUAAAAUUCCUGAAGGAGACAGCCCAGCAGAUUUUCCUUCUCAAGUUGGCAGGAUUUCUGUUCUUCGGCACCAUUGUGGGAGUCGAGAAUCGCAUACGAGCACUUCUGGCAGACGACGCCUUCCGAGACCGCCCUCUACGGUUUUUAAUACUGGACAUGGGACAGAUCAACGGCAUCGACUUUUCCGCUGCCGAAGCGUUCACCCGCAUCAAUCGAUUAUUGCAGAAACGCGCGGUCAGACUUAUCAUCAGUGGUUUGGACGUUGAUGGUGAGGUGGGACAAGCUCUGCGGAAUGUUGGAUUGUUUGCAGAGAAUUCCGAGGUGGAAAUCUUCGCAGAUCUCAAUGACGCGCUCGUGCAUUGCGAGAACGAGUUGUUGACAGCCUUGUAUCGUCAACAGGAGCAUCGGCGUACCAAGCGCAGCACAUCGUACCUCGAUGUACCUCGCAACCGAGCGAGUCAAGAGCUUUCGCAAUCCUACAAGGCUGAGUUCAUGGGCAGCUCCCCUCGUCGGAACCUCCUUCAUCAGGUCGCCCAGACUACGCUCGACGAAGAUACCACGAGCGUACCCAAGUGGCAAUCCUUCAAGCAGCCACUUCCUCUCUUGCUACAGAUUUUCGCAGACGUGUCGGACAAGACCGAAGACUUCUGGUACCGUGCGAUGGGCUACUUUGAAAAGGCCACAUGGCCGCAAGGAUCGGUCCUCUUCCAUGUGGGAGACAGGGCUUCGGCAUUUUACAUGCUAGAGGAAGGUUUACUGCGGGCGGAUUAUGACCUCCCGCAAGGCAAAUAUUCCGAGCUGGUCGUGGCGGGAAGGCCAUGUGGCGAACUGCCAUUCUUCUCGCAGACGACACGGACCGCGACCAUGAUCGCGGAAAAAGAUUGCGUAAUUUGGUUGCUGGAUGAACGGCGGUGGCACGAGAUGCAAGCACGAGAUCCCGACGUCGCACAAGAAUUGCUCGUCAUCAGUCUCAAACUCACAAAGGAGAGAAUGGACGCGAUUACCUCGUACAUUUUGACCACGGCUGGAUGAUUGCGGCAAGAAUGAUAUCUACCUACUGUAUCACUUGUCUUGGAUCUACGAAAAUAUAUAUUGUGUAUAGCUAGAUAUUAUGUAUACCUUUUUGGGUGGAAAAUUGAGUGAGCGAUCUAUGUUUGGAUGGCGAAGGUUGGGAUACAAAAAAUGUCCAUUGGGUCGCAUCCCCAGCUUGCGAGAGGUUCCCAACGUUUGGUUUCCACAUCAGAUGAGAAGACACGGCGAAAUGAUGGUGCGGAUUGGUACAGUGUAGCAACAUGUUGAAUGACCUAAUUACGAUAUCGUAGGGAUCCAAAAAAAAAAGUGCACGGUG